CCCUUUUCGUUUUCGACACAUGUGAAACCGAACAGCUAGAGGUAACUGCGGUUGGUUCGGGGAAUACUUGGCUUUCUUUGUCUUGUUUUCUCUCAUACCGAAAUUUUACCGGUAACCGACUUCUUUGUCGAAUCCUCACGAUGCUUACAGUACCAUGUUACGUCUACAUCGAUAUGUCCAAGUCGAGGCCGCGAUGAUGGAAGCUCAUGUCGGUCAUAUUCCUAGGUACUUCAAUGAAUUAUUUCCUUGAAUGUGCUCUCGGCUUGCUUCUUAACUAUUCUACGUCCACUGACCAAGUUCGCUUGCGAUGAACAUCAACAUUUUGACAAUGGAAUAUUCUUCUUUCCGCCAUAUCAUCCAAGAUACCGAGCUGUACUACUCAAAGAUGUCUGGAAAGGAAAAGGCGGCAGUCAGAUAAAACGACCUCGGCGAGGUCGGAUAGGUGAUGGAAAUGCCCAAUUCGGAAGUUGGUGAAUGGAACCAGGUCUAAUUGCCAACACGGCAAUAGCCAACAACCCGCUCGCGUUGGGUCGUCGUUGCAGCCAAGGUUGACCAGCAAUGACACGGCACAAACAUGGCACCUGCUACCAUGACACUUCCUUCGCAACCCUUCACCUGUCUUUUGGGACAGGUGAAGAGUCCUCGCCAUGGGCCUUCAGGUUCACCACCAGCCGAACCGGUAAACCGCAAUGACCUGAGAACGUCGAUGCGACUAAAUUUACCUCUUUUCUGAUUUCCCUUCCCACCACGAAUCCCUCCACCAUUUUUCACGCCCAGCUGAUUUGCGCCAUUCCAGUAUACCUAUCCAUCCUUAGGUCACGGCUCUUUUCGACAACAUCAACACCCAUCUCAUGAUGGAUUCCGACUCAGCUCUCGACUCCGACGUUGAAGUCGACGUGGUCAUAGUCGGCGCUGGCCUAAGCGGCUUAAGAGCAGCUGUCGAACUGCACAAAGCAGGCCUCGCAAUCGCUGUCCUCGAAGAGAGCAACCGUGUCGGUGGUCAGUGUUGCACGACUUUUGCUCGUCAUACGACCAGGAUCACGUCCAUAGGCGACACCCACACCGAGAUGCUCUCUCUAGCCAAGGACUGCAAGAUCGACCUCACCAAGCAGCACAAGGAGGGACUGGACCUCCAACAGCGUUAUGACGGUUUUCAAGACAGCCCCCAAGUUUCCGAAACCAUCCCGGCGCUUGAAACAGCCGUUUGGCCGCCUCAAGAGUACCAACUUUCCUUCAGGUCACUGAUCGAAGACCCCGCAAUCCAGAAGUUCUACCGCCGCAUCUCCGAUCUCUCUGAAACCUGGCAUGGCCCCGACGCCUUGUUCCUUGACGCGGUCUCCUUCCUCGAGCUCGUGGAAGCUAAUUUCUUCCACAGCAAGGCGGUCCAGCAGGAAGCCCACUUUCUCACCCGUUAUCUCCUCAGCGUUGACCCCGCCCGCGUCUCGGCUCUCUACGUCCUCGACCACAUCGCCUCCGGCGGCGGGCUUGCCAACCUCUACUUCCACCCUGACUCCCCUGGAGGCGGCGCCCACCAUUUCCGCGUCCCACAGGGACCGCGAGCGUUCAUCACCAAGCUGGUCGACCUUCUUCCCGAGGGAUGCAUCCAUCUCUCCACCAUGGCCACCAAAAUCACCCAACAAACCACCCCCAUUAGUAAGAUUUACUACCCCUCACACCCAUGCAAAGUCGAAACCUCCCCUCCCGUCGAUAGCGACUCCACCGCGAGCACCACCGCGAGCACCACCACGAAAACCUUCUACGCCAAAAAGGUCCUCCUCGCCACACCCCCGGCACUAUACUCCCCUUGUUGGUCCCACCUCCCCGAAGUCCUUACCUUCCACCCGCCUCUGCCUCCCCACAAGCUCGCCUCCAUCAACCGCCACAGCGGCGAGUACAAUAAUUACGGCAUCUUCACCACCGUGACCUUCUAUUUUUCCCAGCCCUGGUGGCGCGAGGCCGGGCUGUCGGGAUCCAUGGACUGCCGGGUUACUCGGGAUCUAGACGGACCGAUUUCGUGGGUGAGGGACACGAGUGAGGAUAAAGGUGGUGGCAAGAUAAACACAAACAAGAAGGUGUGGAGUUUAACCUGCUGGUGCGCAGGCGAGAACGCGUAUGAAGUCUGGAAAUGGUAUGACAAGACCUACCCGGUGGAUGAUGAAAAGCCAGAGGAGAUUAAGGGUGGCUGGAAGGCGAGUCCGGUGUGGAUGCAUUUGCUGAGAGUGUUCAAGGAGCGGAUGGAUGCCCUGGAGAUGGAGAUUCCGUUGCCGGGGGAAGGGUUCUCAGAUUCGGAGGAGGAGGAGGAAAAAGAGAAUGAGAUGGAAGAAGGUGCGGAGCCGCCGUCUGUGUACCUUUUCAGGAAAUGGACUGGGCUGUGCUUUACGCCCCCGAGGGCAUUGCCGAGCAAUGGGGAAGAAUUGGAAGAGCUGUUGAGGACGUGGAAGUAUGAUGGGCCGGGAAAGGGAGAUGCGACGUUCAGAGAGCCGUUCAGUAAUGUUCAUUUUGCGGGCACAGAGACGGCAGAGGAGUGGAGGGGGUUCAUGGAAGGAGCGGCGAGGAGUGGGUUGAGGGGAGCGAAGGAGAUUAUUCAGGCGUUGGAGAAGGGAAAUCUCAAGGACGGAGAGGGUGGAAAAAACAAGAUGUUGAAAGCGCUCUUGUAG